GGAAGAAUAUAAAUAAUAAGAAGACGGACUGAAACUGAACUUAGCAGUAUUUUGAUUCGACAAAAAUGGUUUGUCGUCUCUGUUUGGAAGAUUCACAUGAUAGUUUAGAUAUAUUCUCUGACAAUGCAGAAACUGAAGUUGCAAAAAUUAUUACUAAAUACUUUCAUUUCGAGGUACAACCAAGUGAUAUUAUUUCCAAUAAGAUUUGUGCAGAGUGUUGGAAAUGUACAUCGGUUUUCCACAGAUUUUGGUUAAAAAUAGAUGAAAAACAGAAAACAUUGCAAACAUAUAUAGUGUGCACGCAAAUAAAACAAGAUGUGGAUGAUUUUCAACUGGAACUCACCAGUGCCGAUGUAAAAUCUCCUAUUGACACAAAAAAUAAUGAAUUACGAGAACCAGAGAUAGACUUGGUUGUACAUCCGAUGAUAUCUACAGAUGGAUUGGAAUUUAAUGCUGUUGAAAUGAAGGAUGAUGUUCUAUCAAGCGAUCGAGACUCAUUGCCUUCUCCUACACCAUCAUAUACAGAUGAAGUUUCAGAAGAAAAUGUAAUGGAAUUAAGGUCUACUAAAAAGCGGAAAUACACGAAAAGAGGCACCAAACAGAAAAAACUAGAAAAAGAAAGUAUUGAUAAAACUCGUUGUUCAAAGAAAAGAAAGGGAAAAAUAAAAUCUGAUGUUAAUGUUGAAAAGGAUAAUUUAAAAAUAGAAGGAAAGAAAGUCGUUAAAAAACAUAAUACAAAAACUUUGAUACGGGAAUUAGACGAAUUCAUAGCAGAAAACACACAAUUAUCUUGUUGCUUAUGCGCUGUAUCACUUAAAGAUUUCACAGAUUUAAAGAAACAUUUUCGACAAGAACAUCAGUGUGUAGGCUAUAUACCUUGUUGUAAUAAUCGGUAUAGAAAACGGACUUUAUAUGUGGACCAUCUGAAACUUCAUAAAGACCCAGAUUUUUUCAAAUGUACACUCUGUAAUAAACAAUUAGCAAGCAGAAAUAACUACCAAAAUCAUAUGGACACUAUACAUCCAGACGCAGAAAGUUUACUGUAUCCCUGUAAAUUAUGCCCCAGAAAGUUUGCUAAGCAGUACAUUUUAGACUAUCACAUAAAGUCUAGCCAUACUACAGAGCGAAAUUAUAUCUGCAAAACCUGCAAUAAGGGAUUCAUAAAUUCCGCAGUUUUAAAGCAGCAUGAAAAAGCAGUACAUUUAAAUGAAUACGACUCUGUUUGUGAAGUUUGCGGCAAGUGUCUUAAAACCGCCCAAAAUCUUUUGUCUCACAUGGAGGCCAUUCAUAAUACAGAACCUCGUCCGGAAGAACAAUGUAAAAUCUGUCUUAAGUGGUUGAAAAAUGCACGUUGUGUAAAAAAACACAUGAUCAUACAUCGAGACCAAGCGUCCGGACAAGAGUUCAAAUGUCCUCAGUGUGGUAUGGAAAAAAAUACACGUCAUGCGCUUUCCGCUCAUAUCCGAUAUCAUCACUCGGAUAAAGUGUUUACAUGCACAAUGUGCAAUAAAGAAUUUAAAAAUCCCCGCGCAUUGAGGGAACAUGAAACUACACAUACUGGAACCCAUUUGUAUACCUGUUCCUUUUGUCCAAAGACAUUUAGGUCUCAUGGCAAUAUGCACAAACAUAAGGUCAAUAAUCAUUCAAAUGAGUGGGUUCGUAAACGGUCGCAACCAAGCGAGAUUACCAAAAGCUUGUUAAAUAUUUUACCACCUGAUGGAGAACAAAUUUGAAGAGUCAAUAAAUUAUUAAGAUUUCUAUGAAUUA